AUGGACAAACCGUUGAACACAAACCGUCCCGUCCGUGUGGUUAUUAUCGGAGCCGGAGCUAGCGGCCUGCUCAUGGCCUACAAGCUGCAGCGAAACUUUGACGACCUUGACUUUAUAAUUUAUGAAAAGAACCCCGAUGUGGGUGGGACCUGGUACGAAAACAGAUACCCUGGAUGUGCCUGUGAUAAUCCUUCCCACACCUAUGUUUGGUCGUUUGAUCCCCAUCCUACAUGGUCUAGCACCUACGCGUCUUCCAAGGAGAUAUUCGAUUAUUUCAAAGGGUUCCAUUUUCGGUUCAAUCUCAGCGAGAAAACGAAAGUAGGACAUCAAGUAAUUGGGGCAAAGUGGGACGAAUCGACUGCCAAAUGGAAUAUUGAUAUCAAAGAUAGGGCGAAGCACACUGUCAUCCAUGAUUUGUGCGACGUUCUAGUCAACGCGGGUGGUAUCCUCAAUGCUUGGAGAUGGCCAGCGAUACCUGGACUUCAUGACUUCAGAGGGAAGCUUGUACAUAGUGCGGCAUGGGAUGAGAGUCUAGAUUUGACAAAUAAACAUGUUGGAUUGAUUGGAAACGGAUCAUCUGGAAUUCAAAUUCUUCCGGCCAUCCUGCCACAGGUUUCCAAAUGUACGACUUUCAUUCGAGAGCCUUCUUGGAUAGCAAUGACCGGCUUUGCUGGUUUCCAACCGCGAAACUUCACCAGGGAAGAAAAGGCGAAAUUCGCAAAUGACCCUAAUGCACUCAAAGCAUUCCGGCACUGGCUGGAACAUAACGCCAACAAGAUAUUCCCUCUCUUCCUCGCGACUUCACCCCAACAAACCGGUGCUCAUGAGAUCUUCCAGUCGUCCAUGGAAAAUACACUGCAAGAUCCAAAUCUGGCAGAGAAACUGAUUCCAACCUGGGCCGUUGGCUGCCGAAGAUUGACUCCUGGGAUUGGAUAUUUGGAGUCCCUCACAGAUCAGAAGACACAGGUGGUCUAUGGUGACAUUGCAAAGAUCUCACAACGCGGCUGCGUGACUACUGAUGACAAGGAAUACCCAGUGGAUGUCCUUAUCUGUGCGACUGGAUUUGACACAACAUUCAAACCACGCUUUCCAUUAGUUGGCCCACAUGGACGCCAAUUGUCCGAUGACUGGAAGGAUGAGCCUCGAGGCUAUUUCGGCGUUGCAGCACCAGGAUAUCCCAAUUAUUACAUGUUCCUGGGGCCUAAUAGCCCAAUAGGCAAUGGCCCGGUUUUAUCGGGAAUAGAAGCACAGGCAGACUUCAUCUGCAAGCACAUUACACGCAUCCAACAGCAAGGAAUCAAAUCGAUCGAAGUAACCAAGGAGGCAGUAGACGAAUUUCUCGCAUUCAAAGAUGAAUACAUGAAGCACACAGUGUGGCGCGAAGAUUGUCGAUCCUGGUAUAAGGGAAACAGCGUCGAUGGCAAGAUCGUGGCACUGUGGCCCGGAAGCACAUUACACUUCAGAGAAGCCCUGAAAGAAGUUCGAUGGGAUGAUUUCCACGUGAAAUAUUUCGGCAAUCGGUUCAACUAUUUUGGCAAUGGCAUGACCAAGAUUGAGAUGACCCCGGAUGCGGAUUUGGCCACUUAUAUUCGCAAAUCUGAUGAUGCUGAGAUUAUUGGGUCUAAGUUUACUUAUGUCAAGGCCGGCCUGGAGUGCUCAGAAGGAUGGGAUACGACUGCGUUGGCUGGCACAAAGGCAAAUCUUUAG